AUGACCGGACAGCGCCUCAAAAUCGCUCUGAUCUACGAGCUUCGCUCGGCCUAUAAAGCGCUUGGAUACAGCGAUGCCGACUGUUCCAGGCUUGAGGUCGGAGAAGCAGCCGAUGACAUUACUGCAGUUCUGGAAAACCUGGGUCAUGAAGUUGUGCGCAUCCCGGAUAUUCACUCUCUUGUUAAGAGACUUGCAUCUGGUGAGGGAGAUACGUGGGACCUAGCUUUUAAUACCACCGAGGGUCUCCAUGGAUCAGCGAGAGAAGGCCAGGUCCCGGCAUUGCUGGAAGCGUACCGGAUUCCAUUCACGUUUUCCGACGCAGCCACGAUGGCGUUGUGUUUGGAUAAAGGCAGGACGAAGAUGGUGCUCGAGCAUUUCAACGUCCCAACUGCUCCGUUCGUUGUGAUUCAUUUCGACGAAUCAAGCGGCCAGCUUGAGCUGUCGCUCGAAGAGAUUCAUUCCAUGAUUAGCAAAUCCCAACACUCUGAAACAAUCCUAAAUCAAUACCCCUUGUUUGCAAAGCCUCUCGCCGAGGGCUCCUCCAAAGGGAUUGUGGCUACCAACAAGAUCAAAGGUCCGGAAGACCUCUGUCGCGUAAUCAAUUCCCUCCGCGCCUCCAGCCCCUCAUCCCUUGGAGUUCUUAUUGAGACCUAUCUUCCUGGGAGAGAAUUCACGGUUGGUAUUCUAGGCACCGGAAAGGAUGCUUGGGUGGUUGGUGUUGACGAGAUCAAAUCAAAGUCUUCCGACGACUGGAAUGGCGAGGCUGAUGAAGUGAUGGUCAGUCGAGAGGACCCGGAAGCUGAGCUUGCGUGUCAGACAGCGCUUCAAGCAUGGACUGCCUUGCGCUGUCGCGAUGGAGGGCGCGUCGAUAUCCGAAUGGAUGGCUCGUCUGGAUCCUUCGUCGCUAAUGUCAUGGAGAUAAACCCCCUUGCUGGACUUCUUCCCCACUGGUCGCAGUUGCCCAUGAUAGCGGAGCAUAACAACGUGUCAUUCGACGAGCUUAUUGGGGGGAUGCUGCAGAGUGCAUUGAAGAGGAGAAGGAGCGGGGUGUCUGCGCGAAAUCAAGGAUAG